AUGACAGUGAUAUGUGCUAUGUGUGAAAGCGUCGAGGAUAUCGGCUGGCCAUGCAAUCUCCAAGGAAUUCCUUACUGCAACGAUGAUAAACCUACCCUUGACUACUCAACCUGUUUUGUCAAAGGCACCUUGGCCAAUUUCGGUCGCGCACUAACCGAACCUAACCAUCUGGGGGAACGACGUCAUAUGACGUCCAGUGAUGACAUCGCUGCGUCUUAG